AUGACUGAAACGAACGACGAUGAGGUGCGCGGGGCGUCGAUAAAUAUACUUCCCACUGAGCUACUGCUUGACAUCACUGACUUGUUGAGCGCUCGCCGCGACUUUUGCGCUCUAGUAAUGACCAACCAUCGAUUUCACUCACUCCUCGAAGAGAAACUCUACAAGAUGGAUUCGAGUUUAGCAUUUGGAUACCAUGAGUCGCUAAACUGGGCUGCGAGUAGAGGCGACCUGGUUGUUGUGCGCAAGCUGAUUGACUAUGGCUGUGAUCUCGAUACGACUUUUUACCUUGCGCAGGAACCUGGGCCGCUCACUGCUAUCAAUCUCGCCAUGCGGCAGGGUCAUCUCGCAAUGGUUACAGUACUCGCUGCGGCGGAUGUUUGUGUUGACAUGGCCCCGAACGAGAACGACAGACCCAUUCUCUGCGCGCUGCGGGAGGGAUGGACGGAUAUCUUCAAGGUGCUUGUAUGCAUUGGAAAAGCCGAACUGGACGUAAUGGACGAGCUUGGCUAUGGGCUGCUGACGAUUGCAGCGUACCUUGACAACAUGGAGGCUAUCCGCCAUCUCUUUUCCGCGCACCCCGGAUACACAGAGCCAAUGGAGGCCAUUUCGAGCCCUUUCCAUCAGGCCAUAUACAACAACAACUAUGAAAUGUUCAUGUUUCUCCUGCAGAACACACGGUGCUCGCCAACCCUUCUCUCGGAAGACCGGAAAACACCGCUCGAGAUGGCGAGCGAAUGGGGCAUGAUUGCGUUUGUCAACGCCCUAUUGGACGAUGGAAGAGCUGUUGAGCAGUCUACAGAAACCCACAGCGGCAAUGCGGUCCUGCGGGCGUUUCGUAACCAGCACUGGGACACUGUUACGCUGCUGCUCUUCCACAGAAAUCCUUGUGCACCGCAUGGGAGUGUCUUUAUCGAGGCAUGCAAGUUGAAGGACGAAUUUCUAGCAUGGAGAGCUUUUCAACUUUGUAAUAUACCUGAUAUUACGCGAUUGGAGUGGAGGAGUUGCGCCCGAAACAACGGGCUGGCUAACCUUGCCACUAGAAUGACGGAGCUGCACGACUUGAACUCAAUAUAA